AAAAAAAACCCGCAUUCCAGUAACUCACCGUCAGAAGAAAACUUUCCCCUCUCCCCAACCCCCUCAUCAACAUCGUCGUCGUUUAACCUACACCAUCACCGUGAACCACGCCAACGUAAAUCAAUUAGAAGAAACCAGGAGUCUCAUAACUAAGAACAUACCUAAACUAAAUAAAAAAUGGAAACACCAGAGCCACCACAACCAAACACUCCCAACGCUCCCGACACUAACUCUCCCAAUCCUCCCAAUUCCCUCGGAAACCGCCCCAAAGAAGUCCACACCAAGCACCUAACCGAACUAGAACGAUUCCGGGUGCGCACGCUCCAUUUCGACGCCCGCAUGAGCGCCGGGCGCAUCCAUGCCGUAACCGGGUACUCCAUGAGUCAGAUCCGGACUGCUAUACGCGCGAAGUCCGCUGCUGUACCACCGCGGACUGGAAGGCCGAAGAAAGGUAUAUCCCCUUCCCCUUUUCUACGCUUUUGAGGGUGGGAUGAAAUGAGGUUGAACUAAUACAUUACCAGCACGCCCAAACCAAAAAGGAUCUGCGGAUCAGUCACAAGUAGAUGCAGAGGCAGACGCAGAGGGUGAAGAAAUGGAUACCUCGCAAGCCUCACCAGCAGCGGGAGGAAACUCCCUCAUAACGCCGAGUUAUUCCCCGACUCCAACUCCGGCUGCAUAUCCUUCAUCUAAUCUCAACGCCACCAACGCCACCACCCCCACAGUCGCUCCUUAUUCCCGUAUAGGUGCUCCACAAGGGGUAACACAGCAGCAGCAGGCUUUCAACUCAUCUCCCCAUUAUUACGGUGGUACACCGGGUACAUCAUCGUGAUUACCUUUCAAAGCGCUUGUAGAUGGCCACUUCAAUGAUAAUCACAAAGCGCUCUUAUCUAUAAUACGGGGCCAAUACUAU